UUAGUCAAGGGCAAGGGACUACAGUAUAGCUUCUAUAGUGACGAUAGUGACACGAAACGGAAUCAAAACAUAACCUAUAAAUUAUUCGUUGUGUCUCGCGUUGUGUGUGGUGAUUUAAUAGAGUGAAAAUGUCCUUAAAAAGGAAACUGACGCAGGACGAUCUGCGUAAGGCGAUGAGUGAACACAAGAAGAAACUCGGUACUGUUAAGAAGAUCGACUCGCCGUUGGCAAAGUAUACAGAUUCAGGACAGCUUAUGUGCAUUUUAUGCAAGACAGUUGUACGGAAUGAAACAGUUUGGCCUGUUCACUUGAAUUCCAAGGUGCACAAGGAUAAUGUCGCGUUAGCAAAAAAGACUAAACUAGAAACGGAAAGCACUGUAAAGACGCCUAAUGUUCAAACGUUUAAAAGACCUCAUUCUCCAUCUCAAGAUACUUCCGCAAGUAAAAAGAUAAAAGGAAUAUUGAAAAACUCUAGCCAGCCAGUAGUACAGGUCAAGUCAAGUUUACCAGCAGAUUUUUUUGAUGAUAAUUCAAAGCAAGUUAACGGUGCACCUGUUCCAACGCAAAAGUUGGAGAGCAAAGAUAGAGAUUCCGCAGUUAAUACUGUGGAUGUGCAACAUACAGAAGAGGAAGAAAAAGAUAAAGAUAAAGUAAAGGAUACGAAUCCAGCUAUUCUUCCAGAAGGAUUUUUUGAUGAUCCAGUGAUGGAUGCUAAGGUUCGUAACGUUGAAUACAAAGAUCCCAUUGAAGAGGAAUGGGAGAAAUUUCAAAAAGAAAUUAAGGAAGAGACUGCGCAAUCUGCACAAAUUAUAGCUGACGAUCAGGAAGAAGCAACAACAGAAAGACAGUUGGAUGAAAUUGAGGAACAAAUUAGACAUUGGUCUAGGGUAAUGGAUAUCGCAAAACGUAUGGAACAAGUACAAGGUACUGAUAGAAAGCAAGAAAAUAUCGAUGAUGAUGCAUCAAGCGGUGACGAAGCCGAGUUCGACGAGUUUCUCGACUGGCGAGCAAAGAAUUCGUAUAAAUAAAAGGUUUGAUGUAUCUAAUAAUUUUGUAAAUAUUACUCUAUCUUUUUUAACAAAAUAAUUAUUUGUAUAAAGUGAUAAGUUUUUUAUUAAUCAAUUUACAUUUAAUGCAUUCCUUCCCUCGUUUAUUGUAAAUGAGUUCUGCUAUAAACUAAAGAGACGUGGGUGCGUUACACAAAGUCGAUUCAAAGAAUAUUGAAACUCGUAAUUAAAUAUGUAUUUUUUUAU